CGUCACUACAGUCAGUCGCUUUUGCACCGCCGUUCGAUCGCGAUCAUCGUUUUCAACUUCUUGGCUGCGAGUAAUCCAAUUCCGUACAUUAAUCCAGUAUCGUGCAUACGGCGCGCGGUUUGUUAUCAACGUCAACAUCAAAAUUACGUUUGCGUGGUUCCGUGGUCCGGUUUGCGCGCGUCGUCCGCCUCUAGAGGGCCAGUGGGCCGAGGAGAAAAAAGGUGUUAACGACGUGACGCGGAAAAGUGCGAUAUAUGGGACGUGAUGCGAGUGGAACGAUUCGGUUGGUAGUGUAAGCUAAGCAGUAGCAUGUGUGCAUAUGGAAGCCGUCCGUUGUUGGACGACCGUUAAUGGGUUCAACAAAUGACACCAUCAGAAUUCAUGUUUCGGCGCGGUUGUGGAUGCAAUGAAAGGGUUCGACGGAAUUAAAGCGUAGGCGCAGGUUGCCGAGGACAGCUUUCCAAUGUGCGGUGGAAUUGAGUUGCUGGCGUAAUAUGUGCGUUUUGGUGAUUUUGACUAGUUGAUAUGCUAAUGCUUGGGCAUUCAGUUGAACUUGCUGGAUUCUUUGAAUUCGGAUUGAAUUUUUAAUCCAGUUUUGUUGCAAUCAUUAAAACCUGCUGCUUCAAGGGAAUUCUUUAAGUGCGUGACUGAUUUGGGGUCGAUUAGCAAGAAAGCAGCGAUUUGUUCGGGAAUAUUAAAAUGUGAUGCGUUCCGUGGAAGGAAAACCGUGCGUGGGUGAAGUGCUCAAAACAAAAAAUAAGGAGUGCAACCAAAGUGCGUUGAAUUGCCAUUUCGAAGUCAAAGUGUAUUGGUUCGUGGUGGGUGGAGGCGUUGAUUGAUGAUUACCUUCCCCGUAGAAGGAAACAUGGCCCGGACGAUGGUUGGGUAUCUGCAGCGUAGAGGCAACCGGUUCCCAUGCAGGAGACCACCUCAGCGCCUUAUGACGUUGUCAUCGUCGUCGUCGUUGUCUUCAGCAUCCGAUGGAGUUGAGCGGAGACGAACUGCUAGUGUCAUCGCCAGUAUGGGGCAUCAAUCAAGAUUUCACAUCAUCUCCUGUCUAGUCCUAACGCACAUAAUCGCCUCCUGCUGUGGAGCUGAGUUCAUGACGGCAGGAGUUGCCGGCGGAGGCACUUCGGUCAACACUCCUCAGAAGGACCAAAGCAUACCUGCGUUCGCCAGCACCGAGUCACCCGUACUUAGGAUAGUUCCAACCGAUAUUGUAGUCAUCAGUAACAACACUAGUGAUAGUAGCAGUAGCAUAAGCAGUAGUACCAUAACUAACCAAAGAACCGCCAAACCCGACCCAAUAAACCAAGGUAGCGCUAAGGAAGCUUUUGGGGUGACGUGGAGCACGUUGAAGUAUGUAAACAAAGGAGAACUGGGUAAGAAACGAUUUGACAAGAAGGUUGUUCCAGCUGUUCAAGCAGUGGAUAUGGGAGACUGGCAAUGUCCGAAUAUUACCCAGAACGCAAAUUUAGAAUGCGGAUGUGAUAUGCCUCACACGUUGCGGUGUCGUGGAGAUCUACACGGAUUGGAGUUGAUUGCUGAAGGUCUGAGAGCUUCUCGUUAUACGGUUUCGCUAUUGGAUUGCACAUUGAAGAACGUGACGGUUAUAAGUGACGCAAAUAUUUUUGAGGGCGUUUCUCUACAAGGCCUCGUGAUAUCAUCAGGUGAGAUCAAACGAGUAAAUCGAUUGGCAUUUGCCGGAAUAAAGAAUUCUCUACAAGCACUGGGAUUACCAAAUAACGCAUUGACCGGUGUUCCAAUGCAGUCAUUAGCUUCGUUGCCUCAAUUGGAUCGGUUGGAUCUAUCCAACAACAAGAUCAAGUCGAUUCAGAGCACCGAUUUCAUUUCGGUUCCGAAGCUGUCAUACUUGGAGCUGAGCGAAAAUCAAAUUUCAUUGAUCGCCCCAAAAAGCUUCCUUCCCAUUCGCAAUUUAAUACACCUAAAGCUAAACGGAAAUCGUCUGGGAGAGUCUCCAGAAACCAUGAAAUCCCUCGAAUCAUGCCUCAACCUCAGGGAGUUAGAUCUUCGAUCCAACACCAUUCGGGGACCGCUGAAAAACACCACACUCCCGAUCAUUAAGGGUCUUGAGAUCCUAAAUCUGGACAAAAACUCUAUCACCAGAAUUCAAAACGGAGCUCUAGAAGGCCUAGCCUACCUUCAGAUGCUCUCCAUACGACACAAUCAGAUCGAUGUCCUACAGGACCACGCCUUUUCCGGACUGGCAUCGCUCCAAGUCUUGGAUCUAGGCCACAAUGGGAUCGUCGCCAUAUCCGGAUCGUCAUUGAAACACCUCCCGCGACUUAUUGUCCUUGAUCUUACGCACAAUUUCCUCCGGGCACUGACCGCAGACAUCGUUGCCCCAUUACCGUCACUGAAAGAACUCCGCUUGGAUGGGAACGACAUUUCCAUUAUCGCACAGAACGCUCUCUACAAUGCCUCCUCGCUACACAGUCUCUCCCUCGAGAACAACCCGUUGGCGUGCGAUUGUUCGAUGAAACCUUUCGUCGAGUGGUUGUCCACUUCGAGGAUCGCUUCGCAGGACGUUUUGGGUGCGGUUUGUGCCACGCCUCCACAUCUGGAAGGGGCUUCCCUGCUGCAGGUUGAAACCGAUUCGAUGAACUGCAAUGGCAACGGUGCCAACAAGGAGAAAGCCGACGAGAGUACGUUCAAGACCAUCGAGGUGAUGCUGAAGCUCAAGAACAACAUGUCCUACAUCAGGGAGAUUAGCGCGGAUGUACAGCUGAAGGGGAUCAACUUCACCGACGAAAGCGAUGUGUUUCUGUACUGGAGGAUGCAAACCGACGAGUACUCGUGUCGGUUUGUGUACGUGUUCCAUGAUGAUGAUCCGGAGAAUAUUCUGUAUAAUUCAGAGGUGUCCUGCAAUCAACUUCCAGAAACAGCCAACGCAACGGAUUAUGUUUUCUUGACUAAAUUGAUUGGAGCAUACGAUCUUCAGAGUGAACUAAGCUAUAAAUAUUGCCUAAUCCUGAAGGAAGACAUCUCCAAAGACGAAUAUUUGGGAUCGUGCCAUGUAGCAGUACUGCCGCCGCCCUUCCUCAACCGAUCUAAGGCUAAAUCCAUUAAAAAGGAACUAUUCCGAGGCGAUUCGACUCCCAGAGAAAGUGACAUCUCCGACAUGAACCGUAUCAACGAUCGACGGAUCGACGAAGUGGACGGUGAUGGCGAUGAGCCUGAUUCAUACUACGAUGAACUGCUGAUGACACGGAUGGCCGACGAUCCUGAUCUUCCAGUAAAUCGGAUACGACUAGAGGAAGCGGCCGCAGCUCGAUUACCAUCGGUCGGAAUCAGCCGGAUAGUGCUGGAAGGCCUGGGGGCGUUCAUACUGGUGACCAGCGUAAUGGCCUUCAUAUGGGGCUUUAUUCGGCUGAAAAGUGGACGCAGUAAUAUGCCUUCGAUGAGCACCUGCUACACGGUGGACGACCGAAGAGGUCCACUACACGAGGUCGAGAGCAGGAGUAGGUAUUUUAAGUUACAAGCCACGACGAGUUUAUGAUUAUGAGCGAACGGAUGUAAAGAAUGGUUGCGUAAGUAAGGUUUUUCUCAAUUAACAUUCCUAACUUAAAUGGUAUUGAUUAGAACGAUUGAAAAGUAUUGUUUUUAGGGAAAGGACUUUUUAUGUCUGGAAAUUGUAAGAAGUCUAGAUGUAGAUACAGCGAGAUGUUAUAUAUUUAUGUACCAGGUUGAAAAAAUACGUUAGUCCACGAACUUAGAUAAGGAAGAAAUGAUCUGUGAAAAUACACUAAUUGUUACUUACUACUACCCUUAUGAUAGAGCUAACAAACGAUUUCAAAGUACACUUAACGUGCCAUUAUUGAAGAGGUUUCAUUUUUUUGUAAAUAAAGAGUAAAACAUUAAUCUCUGUU